AUGCGGCCCCGCCUAGGCCCCGCUGCGGCCGCGUCUGGCCCCUUUACGGCCCCGUUUCGGCCCCUCUGCGGCCCCGUCACCACCUGCGGCCCCGCCGCCACCUGCGGCCCCGCCGUCACCCGCGACGCCGCAGGCGGGCAGCACAGCAGCCGAGCCGCCCAGCAGCCGAGUGGCCCAGCAGCCGAGCCGCCCUGCCGCCGAGCCGCCCAGCAGCCGAGCCGCCCUGCCGCCGAGCCGCCAAGCAGCAGAGCCGCCCUGCAACCGAGCCGCCCUGCCGCCGAGCCGCCCUGCAGCCGAGCCGCCCUGCCGCCGAGCCGCCGAGCCGCCCUACUGUCUAGCAGCUGCUACUCCUACCGGUGCUCCUCGGCCCCUCCUUCCUCGGACUGGGACCACUUCCUCUCAGUUUGCCCCACCACUCUCACCGUUGACCUCAUCGAGAAGGCCCUCCUAGCGGCAGAGAAGAGCAUAGUCGCUGUAGGAGCCUCUCGUGGUGACCCUCGCACCCCCGUCUUUGAGGGGUGUUCCCCCUCCCCCCUCUUGCCCUCUGUUGCCUCUGCUGCUGCGGCCGACCUCGUUGGUUUCGAGACGGUCGGCGCUACGUCUGCCCCGAGCGGGAGACGCCGCACCGGCAAGGGCAAGGGGGACAAGGGUGCUGGAGGGGCUGGAGGGGGCGGUGGAGGUGGUGGUGGAGGCGGUGGACGGAGUAGGGGUGGUAGUGGGAGUGGUGUCGGGGGUGGCGGCGGCAGCAGUGGCAGUGGAGGCGGCAGAGGCGGUGGAGGUGGCGGAGGGAGCGGAGGCGGCGGAGGUAGUGGAGGAGGCGGAGGUGGAGGAGACGGCGGAGGCGGCGGCGGCGGCAGUGGUGGAGCGGGUCGCGACUCUGCGCAGAGGAGUGGCGCCGGUGGUGGUGAGCGCCAGCAGCAGCAGCGGAGUGGUGUAACCCUGUCCCCUCAGCAGCUUCGUGAGUGGUACACUGCGCGUCAGCGCGGUGGGGGUUUUGGUCCCUGCGCUUACGUCUUUCGUACUAGCGACCAAGCUGGUGAGCAGUGCGGAGGCCCGCACUCCACCCAGCGUUGCUUUGGUCGUCUAACGGACGCGUGGCAUUGCCAGUUCCCUGAGGCGUCAGAGAUCCCUUGCUGGUCAGAUUUGUCUAAGGCCGGGGUUGCUAUCUUUGAUCUUGAUUUUGAUGCUAUUCUUGCUGCCAUGUAUGCUGUUGAUACUAAUGUUGCUGGUGACUCUUACCUCUGUGUACCGCCUGAAUUGGGCAUUGAGGCUGCUGCUCUAGGUACUAGUGAGGCUACUGCUCUAGGUGCUAGUGCGUCUGCUUCCCCAGGUGCCAGUGCGUCUGCCGCCCCAGGUGCUAGUGAGUCUGCUCUCUCAGGUACUACGUCGGCUCAGGCCUUCCACACCUUCACCCUGGACUCGGGUGCGUCCCGCUCCUUCUUUCGAGACCGCACCACUCUUACGCCGCUCAGACGGCUGAUUGCAGUCUCCCUGGCAGACCCCUCUGGGGGUCCUGUCCUUUCUAGCUUCUCCACUGUCCUACCGUGCUCGGUAGCCCCCUCUGGCACCCUGUCUGGUCUCUACCUCCCCUCGUUCUCUACAAACCUGGUGAGUGGAGCAUACCUCCAGGAUAGGGGGGUUGACCAGUUCACUCCUGCGAGUCAAUGA